AUGCCCAAACACCGGAAGGGCAGCCGCGGGGUCGAGGCGAAGGGCAUCGGCAACUUUCAGUACGAACGGCAGAGUGAUUCGCCAGGCGUUGCCCGCCGCCCCGUCGCCGCUGCCGCCACCCGGCGGGAUGUUAACCCCGCCGUGCUUAAGCGUGCGUACAUGCUGCACAACUUUCAGUUUGUGCUUCGGCCCGACGUGUACGAAAUGAAGGCGAUGCCGGGGCUUCCGCAGGGAAAGCGGCGGCUGAACGAGAUGCUUCUUUCGAGCGACGCGGCACCGCCAUGGGACGCGGUUACCGCCGUCGUGGUGCGUGGGACGAUGGAGCAAUUUCAGUGUCCUAUUUGUCUCGAGCCGCCAACGGCUGCGCGUGUUGCCGAUUGUGGUCACGUUUUUUGCCUCCCUUGCAUGUCGCAGUAUUUAUCGAGGCUCAAGCAGGAGAACAAGCAGCGCACCUGCCCGGUGUGCCACAACUUCGUGACGCUGGGUAUGCUGCGGCCCUGCAUAUUUCGGCCGAUUGAGCCCCCGUGCCUCGGUCAGCGUGUCGGUUUUACCCUGCUCGAGCGAAGAGGGGGGUGUUGUGUUUUGCUGCGAAAGGACGAUCCCCGCUGGCAUGACGCGGCGCCCAUGGAGGAUGAGUUGCCGCUCCCUCUCUUGCAUGAACCAUCCGCAACGUUUAGCCGAUACAUUCUUGCCACGGAGGAGAGCGAGUGUGCACGGCGCCGUCUUGACUGCACAGCUAUUAUGGAUGCACUCCAGCAACUGAAUGCACAACCCCGGCCAUUGACGCAGUUUGACGGCGGGGUUUUGCGCUUUGCUGAAGAGGCCCUGGAGAUGGUGCUGCAGGAGACCAACGCACAGUCCCCGCAAUCAAGCGUCCGCAACUCUCCUCCCAUCGCCCCGAAGCGGCCAAACGUGGACGGAGCAAGUACGUAUUAUUUGUACGGCGAGUCGGAGGGACAGCCGUAUUACAUGCACCCCAUAUCAUUUAAAAUGCUCCGGGACGAUGCCGACACACGUGGGGUACCACUUCCAAACACCGUGGAUGCCCCUGUGGAAGAAAUUGUCACCUUUACACAAGAUGAGGCGUCGAGAAAACAUUACAAGGCUCUGGCGCAUGUGCCCCUUCACGGAACAGUUAAGUUUUGUCUCCUCGACCUUUCAGAUGUGGUGCUGCCAUCAACAUUGAAGACCUUCGCACCGAGUCUCGCACGGAUGCGAGAGGCCCGGACUUGGCGAGAGAGAGGUGAAGAAAGUAGCGGUGAAGAUACCUCGUGGCAGGAAUACUUGCGCCGCUAUCGUGCCAUUAGCCCUCAUUGUACCGAAGACUCAGGCGUAUCACCGGAACUUGUCCCAUCUGAGUACUCCGGCGUCUCCGAUCUGUUGAUUUCAUCCGUCGUGACAGCAUGGAGCGAGCCGGGUGGGCUCAGCGGCGACUCUUCACUCGAGACGCGGCAGCGGGCGACGAAGCGGCAUGACACGCCUAUUCCAAGCUGCUGGACGGCGGAGAACUCACGGCGGCUUUUCGCAACGCCACCGAUGCGCCCUGCGAUGCCGACAUGGGGCGGACAUGUUUUUAAUCCGCACAAACCAUCGUCCGCUGGCUUGCACCCCGCUCAACGGCCGGGGUGUUGA